AUGAUUGGUCUUAAUCAUGUCACCUCUUUGAAAUCAAUUGGUACUCAUUCUUUGGAUUUGGUUUAUUUGGACAUUAGUGAGUGUCAUAAGAUCUCUCAGGGUUUGGGCGCAAUUGCAAAGGGUUGUUCGAAAUUGACAACUUUUAAACUCAAGAGAUGCUAUGGCUUCAAGGAUGCUUCAUUAAUCUCUGACGAUGGCGAUCUUCAUCUAAUGCAACGUUUAACCAUUUUAAAUUGGAGUUAUGUAAACAUUGAAUUCAAUGCCAUUCACUCCAUAUCUCAUAGUUGUCAAUACCUAACCAGUUUAAAUAUCUCCUAUUGUAAGAGUUUAAAUGAUAAUGCCCUCGAAAGAAUUGCAAACUCUUUGACAAAUAUAAAGAAAUUGAAAUUUGAUGGAAUUAUCAAUAUCACCGAUGAUGGUAUUAAAUCGCUAAGUGAUGGUCCAAUCUUUAGUGCAGUCGAAGUUUUGUCAAUGGUAGGUUGUAGAAAGAUCUCUGAUGUUUCUGCUCAUCAUAUCCUAAGAUUUAAUAAUUUGAGAAAGUUAUCAAUUGGUGGUUCAUUAAUGACAACAAAUGGUGUAGAUAUUAUUGCUUCAAGUUCAUUUGAAUUGAUUAAAAUUCAUGUUAGAAAUUGUUUAAAUAUUAAUCCAACAAGUUUAAAAGAAAAUCAUCCUCAUAUAUUUAUAGAUACAACUCAAAAAGAUUAUAAUGUAUUUAUUUAG